AUGCUGACGAUGACUUUUUACGCGAACAUCCAUUGGAUCAAAGUUUAGAACCGGAAUCCCAUUCAACAAUUGGUCAGCAAGAUUAUUCUAAUGAUCCUGGUACGCAUACUGGUCAAUAUGAACAAUUCGGUAAUCAGGGUGUUAGCAGUGCUGCAUCACUUUGGAGGUCUGAAUUAUCAUCUCCUCCACCUCAAGCUGCUCUAGCAGAAGCAAACUCUGCAGCAGCUGCUGAAUUGGGUAAUGAUGCCUUUGAUGUUGACUUUCGUUCCGCCCUUGAGCUCGAAGAAUCUCUCAACCAUCCGAGCCAUUAUCAAAGUAGUUUGCGUGUCAAUCCUAACGAUGAAAAUCAUGUUAAAUCUAUGAUUUCUGGUGUAGAAGAAUUUGAUCAUCGAAUAGGUUUUGGUAGAGGUGCUUCACCACCCCCUCUUCGUACAAAAUUCUCUCCUCCUCCUCGUGCUUCGUCAACGCCUCCGACUCAAAAUCAUUUUCGUAAUCAUAGCCUUAAUUUCUCUCAAGAAUUUCAUGAUACUGGUGAAAUUAAACUAGAUGACUAUGAUACCCUUCAACAAGUGCAAAUUAUGCGACAGCAACAAGCAAUUAAGCAGCAACAGCAGCGUUUAAAGAUGCAACAAUCGCAGUAUAAUUCUUUAUUUAAUGAUAAUUCUUCGUCCGGUAGUUAUUCUCAAUACGAAGAAACCAUGCUAAAUAGAAAUAUCCUUUCCUCUGACAUGACAUAUUCGCGUAAUGGUUCUUUAAGUCUAAGUUCUGGUCGAAAUUCUAUUGAUUACCAAAAAGCGCUUCAGCAACAACAACUUGGAUUAGGUGGUUCCGGUACCAUGGGCGUUAGUCGUGACCAAUUAUUAUCAUCUGAAUAUAAUUCUGGAAAAAGUAGUCCAUACUAUGGUUCUGGUCUUAAUUCUUCUGGUCUUAGCUCGGUGAGUGGUUUAGGUGGUACAACACUAAAUGCCCAAACUCGUGCUUCUCUAGCAGAAAAAAAUUUGCGAUUACAAUCGCAACAACUUGGCCGUCGUAGUAAUGAUUUAAGUUCAAGUAUUUCUGAUCCUGGUCACGGUAUGCGAAGUGCUCUAUUAGAAGAAUUCAGGAAUAAUAAAAAUAAAAAAUACGAACUUAGAGACAUUGUCGGUAAUAUAGUAGAAUUCAGUGGUGAUCAGCAUGGUUCAAGAUUUAUUCAACAAAAACUUGAAACCGCUAAUAGUGAAGAGAAACAGUUAGUUUUUGAUGAAAUUUUACCUAAUGCUCUUCAAUUGAUGACUGAUGUAUUUGGAAAUUAUGUAAUUCAAAAAUUCUUUGAACAUGGUAACCAAAUGCAAAAGACAAUAUUGGCAAAACAAAUGGAAGGAACUUCAUCGAUAUACUCAAAAUUUGGUACAAGAUCAAUACGGAAAUUACCUGCCGAUAAAUCAAUGGUUGUUGCUAAAGUUCGUGGUAAUGUUUUGCAAAUGUCCAAACACAAAUUUGCUAGCAACGUAGUUGAAAAAUGUGUUGCAUACGGUAGCAAACGUGAUCGUCAAUUAUUGAUUGAUGAAGUUAUCCAAACCAAACCUGAUGGUACUUCACCUUUGAUUUCAAUGAUGAAGGAUCAAUACGCUAAUUAUGUGGUCCAAAAGAUGCUUGAUGUAGUUGAUGGUGAUCAACGAGAUCUCCUUGUCGCAAAAAUUAAACCUCAGCUGCAGUCAUUGAAAAAAUAUACGUACGGAAAACAUCUCAUUUCAAAAGUUGAAAAACUUAUGAUCCUCACAGAAAAUCAAAAGAAUCAAAACGGUGGUCUCGUUAAUGAUGGUAUUUCAGCCGAUGUUCUGACACCCACCAGUUCGCAUACUCCUCUCGGAACUUCUAAUAAUUCCCCUGUCAUGUCUUCACCGGCAAUUGGAUCUGAUACAAAUUUACAUACUGGUUCUGUUCACAUUUCUGAAUAA